AGCCAGGCUGUGAUGGCCACGGUCGAGCUGGCACUUUAUCGUCGUGAAAAACACAGCGAACCAAAACAAAACAGAAUCCGAAACACACCCGACAAUAUAUCGCUAUAACCUGGUGACCAGCUCUUCAUAUUUCCCGUGAAGUUACUAGUAUAAUUCGGCGUUUCGUCGUUGUUUAUGUCAUGAUGCUUUAAACAGCUGGGAUCCGGACCCACUACUGAUUUAGAUUUAUUAAACUUAUUAAAAAUAAACCAGUAGUUAUUAUUAGUUAUUUUGGGUACAUGAUUCCCUCGUUUACUAUAGUCUGUGCUGUCAUAUAUUGUGUCUUUGUGAAAGGCCUGGUUCGGUGAUUAAAGUUUAGAUCCGGUACGGUCCGUCAUGUCUUCCUGGCUAGGAGGAUUGGGCUCCGGCCUGGGUCAGAGUCUUGGCCAGGUCGGGGGAAGCUUGUCUUCGUUUACCGGGCAGAUCUCUAAUUUUACCAAAGAUAUUUUACUGGAAAGCGCCGAGGAAGUAGGAGAUGCUGCCACUGUGUCCGGCUCUAGAUUGCAGGAGCUGGAGACUUCAAAUGCAACACAAAAAUCUGAGUAUGAGCGCUUGCUGAGUAUAAACUCUGAGCUGGAGGAGAAAUUAGAGGCAGCAGAGAUUCAGAUCAAACAGCAGUCAGUGGAAUACAGAACCCUCCUGCAACAGAAAGAGGUUGAGAUCAGUCACCUUAAGGCUCGUCAGAGUGGCCUGCAGGAGGAGAUGCAGAAACUCCAGUGCUCCACUCAAUCUCUGACCCACUCUUCCUCUUUCGACGCUGCUGUACUGCCUGUCACCGCUGCUGUCACUACCACUACUUCGUCUUCCUUCAUGCAUCAGCCCUCAGCUGUCCAUCAAGGUUUCCAUGGUGAUGAAGUGGACAUCAGUGAUGUCCUGUGGUCACAACAGGAAAUUAACAGGCUGUCCAGUUUGGUUCAUCGUCUAGAAGCUGACGUGUCCCAUUGGAGGAGAGUGGCUCAGGCAUCUAAGAUACAAGGUUCUGAUGAAAAUGGAGACCAGGGUGAAGUUUUGAAACUGCAAAGAACGAUCAAGGAGCUGAGAGAGGAAAUGGCACGGGAAGUGGAUGAGCACCAGCAUGAACUGGCAGCUCUGCAGGAUGCCCAGCGGCAGAAAAUGGCUGAUAUCUCAAAACGGCACAGAGAUGAGCUGGCGGAGUAUGAGGAGAGAAUUGAGGAGCUUGAGGAGCAGCUUCAAAGUGGAGGGGCAAACACAGUCAGCACACCAACCACAAUGCAGGACUCAAAGCUUCAAGAGUUGCAGUCCACCAUUCAGUCUUUACAAGAGGAGGUGAAGCUUCAGCACAAAAAAUACAGUGACCUAUUGGCCAGCUUGGAGAAAGUAGAGCAUCAUAAGGCUGAGCUAGAGCGGGAGAAGGAGGACGCUACAACAGAAAAUGCAGAAUUGUUGCAGAAUUACAGUCGCCUUCAAAAGUCUGUUAACGAACUUCAAGCUCGAGUCCAGGAACAGGAGGGGAAGUCUAUGUUGAAAGCCCAGCAGGACAAUGAAAUACAAACCCUGAGAAAAGCUUUGGCAGCUGCAGAGCAAAAUAUUGCUAGGUUGAAGAGUCUAACUGAGAGUGGCCCGCAGGAAGAAGUGGAACAUGCUGACAUCCUGGAGCUCAACACCAUCAUAAACACCCUCAGGAAAGAAAAGGAAGAAGUGGAGAGAGACAAGUUUGUGCUUGUUGAGAAACUGAGGUUGUCUGGGGAGAAACAAAGUGCUGGUGAGUCAGAGAGUAUGGAAGAACUGGCACAGGAAGUAUCAGACUUAAAGAGCCAGCUGGAUAGACGAGACCAGGCGCUAAAGCAGGCCAACCUUGAUGUAGAAGCACUCACUGCUGAACUGGAAGAACUAGAUGGGCAGAACCAGGAGGCCACACAGCAUCUUAUUGCAGUUAAGGAACAGUUGUCCAUGCAGAAAAGCCAGUCAGAGGCAGAGGUUGCCUGUCUUCAGUCAGAUCUCACUGCCUCUCUUGAUCAGAGACAGACUCUUCAGCUGGAGCUGAAAGCCCAGGGAGAGAAGCUAAGUCAGAGUGCUUUCUCCUUAAAUGAACUGCACAUGGCCAAGCAGCAACUGGAAACCACAGUAAAGGAGUUGAGGGAAAAGUUGAGCAAGUCUCAAGAUCUGGGCAAAGAGCUGCGACAGAAUUCCUCCGACCUUAAGAGGGUGCUGCAAGAAAGGGAUACAGAAGUUACUGCACUUCGAGAAGAGUUGAAACAAUCUGGGGAGCGAGGAAAUGAGGUAGAGGGACACAGAAAGGUACUUGAGGCAAGGGAUAGAGAGAUCCAAGACUUGAGGACUGAGUUGGCAGAAGUGAAAUCUUCCUAUGAGAAGGCAGUUUCGGAAGGUUUUGAAUUGAAAAUUAAAACCAGGAAAUUGGAAGAAGAUAGCUCUCAGGCUUCGGACAAGAUAGACUAUUUGGAAGGGCAGGUCCAAGAUACACAGGCCUCUCUAAGCAGGGUGUCCCUGGAGAAAGACACUCGUAUUGACGCCUUGAAAUUAGAAAAGAGUCAGUUAGAAUUUGAGCUAGGUCAGUCUGAGAAGCGACUAUCAGAUCAAGACAAGCAGUACCAACAUACCAUUGACGAACUGAGCAGAGCACGCUCAAUGGAUGCAUCUGCACUGCAGACAGAACAUGAGCGAAUGUUGAAACUCAAUCAGGAGAAGGAUCUCACGAUUGCAGAGCUCAGGCGUGAGAUGGAGCAGAUAGUCUCUGACCACAAAUACACCAGUGAGAUGCUGGACAUCACUGUGGCUGGCCAAAAGCAGCUCACAGAGCUUCUGCAGGAGAAGGACACCUAUGUUGAAACACUGAAAGCUCAAGCUGUGGAAAAACAACAAGAGUUAGAGACUAGUGUCUUGAGGGCAACACAAGAGUGUGACACUCUUAAAAGGUCAGUGGAGGAGAAGGACAAGCAGCUUGGAGCAAUGAAGGAAGAAAACAAUCAUCUCAAAGAAGAGAUUGACCGUCUGAGUGACCAACAAAGCAGGCCUCAGCCGAUGUCAGAGCCGAGGACACUGGAUAUAAUCACCGAGCUUGAGACAGAGGUGAACCAGCUCAAAGCUGAAAGAGAUCGACUUGAAGAAGAGGUCCAAGCUCUGAGGACAGUAUCAGAUGAACAACAGGCCACAGUACUACAGUCCCAGCAUUCUGUACAGGUACUACAGAGUGAACUAGAGCAAGCACGGUCAAGACUCGACCAAAGCUCACUCAAUUAUGAAAGACUUAUCAGUGCUAAGGAUGAGGAGAUCACACGGCUUCUGUCUGAAGUGGAUGGGCUCAGCACACAGGGACAGAGUCAAAUGCAGUCCGUAGAAAUCCUACAAGAGGACAAGACCCAAUCGCUAAAUGGUGAAAAUGGAAAUGAGAAACAUGACCUCUCCAAGGUGGAGAUUGAGAGACUUGUGAAAGGCAUUAAGGAAAAAGAGACAGAGAUUAGCCAGCUAAAUGAGAAGAACCUUACUCUUACUAAACAGCUCGAUCAGCUUGUAGUCUCUCAAAAUGAGGUGGGAAAACUCUCAAAGAUUGUGCUGCAAAAAGAUCUAGAAAUCCAGGCACUUCAUGCACGAGUGUCUGGUGGGCACAGCCAGGAUGUUAUGUUCCUCCAGCAGCAGUUGCAGGCCUAUGCAGUGGAACGUGAACAGGUCCUGGCCGUGCUCAACGAGAAAGCCCGCGAGAACAGCCAGCUGCGCUCAGACUACCAUCGAAUUAUGGACAUUGUUGCUGCCAAGGAAGCGGCUUUGUUGAAAAUUCAGCAAGAAAACCAGCGGCUCUCCACCAUGAGCGACCCUUCAGGCAGUCAGGAGAUGUUUCGUGAAACUAUUCAGAACCUAUCCCGCAUCAUCCGAGAGAAGGAUAUCGAGAUUGACGCCUUGACUCAGAAAUGUCAGACCUUGGUCUCUGUUCUCCAAACAUCUGGAUGCAACGAUCCUGUGAGCGGCAGUUCAGGGGGUGUCAGCAGCAACCAAUUUGAGGAGGUGCUACAGGAACGCGACACUCUCAAACAGCAAGUGAAAAAGAUGGAUGAGUGGAAGCAGCAGGUGAUCACAACGGUGAGGAACAUGCAGCAUGAAUCUGCUCAACUACAUGAGGAGCUGCUGAAGCUACAGGGGCAGGUGUCUGCCGACAGCGACUGCAGCACCAAGCUCUCAGUGGAUUAUACCAGACUUGUUCAGAGCUAUGAGCAGAAAGAGAUAAAGCUGGGAUUGUUGGGUCAGGAGCUGGCACAGGUGCAGCAGACCAUCAGCCAGCUGAACAGCACCAAAGAUGUCCUCCUUGGAAAGCUAGACAGUGUCAAGCAAUCACCAGAAGUUGCUGCUACAACUACCACCCAGUUCUUUGCACCUCUAAACCUGAAGGGGGCAGCACCACCAGACCAAGAUGAGAGUCCACAUCAGGAAUUACAGUCAUUGCGGAGAACAUUAACAGAGAAGGAGUGCACUAUAAGAACUCUCCAGGAAAACAACCACCGUUUAUCGAAUUCUGCAUCUCUUUCUGAGAGUGACCAAAGAAGCCAUGUAGAGGAGGUCAAGCAGGCCCGAGACAAGCUAGAAUCCUUGCAGCACUCCCUGAGAGAGAAAGAUCUACUAAUUAAGACCAAGGGAGACCAGCUCAGUCAGGUGAGCGAAAGUUUACGAAACCGUGAGAAUGAUAACGAGGUCUUGAAGCAGGCUGUCACGAACCUGAAGGAGCGCACGCUGAUCCUGGAACUUGACAUGAAGAAGCUAAAGGAGGAGAAUGAAGCGAUUGCUGCAAAAGCUCGUGAGAAAGAGACUGAAUUCCGCGCCCUGCAGGAAACCAACAUGCAGGUGUCGAUGUUGCUUCGGGAACGAGAAUUUCAGUUCAGUGCUGUGAACGAGAAAGCCUCUGCCAUGGAGAAGAUGCUAAAAGAUAAAGAGCAGGGUAAAUCUGGUGAGCUAAACCAAUUGCUGAAUGAAGUGAAAUCCAUGCAGGAGAAGGCAGUUUUGUUUCAACAGGAAAGAGAUCAAGUGAUGAUGGCCCUCAAACAAAAGCAGAUGGAGACAUCUGCUCUGCAGAGUGAGCUGCAGCACACACGUGAUAAGGAACAGCGUCUAAAGCAAGAGCUGGAACGUUUGCGUAAUCACCUUUUAGAGAUUGAGGAUUCAUACACACGUGAGGCUCUGACGGCCGAGGACAGAGAGGGCGAGCUGAGACGCAGAGUGACACUCCUUGAAGAGAGGCUGGCAUCGUCCUCCAAUGCAGUGGAGAGUGCAAGUCAGCAGGCAAGUCUGCAGGUGGAGUCUCUUCAAGAGCAGCUGAAUGGUGUGGUGAGACAGAGAGAUGAAGCUCUUAUUCAGCUACGGGCUGCUCAGAAUCAAAUCAACCAGUAUGCAGUGUCACUCUCUAACCUGCAGAUGGUGCUAGAGCAGUUUCAGCAAGAGGAAAAAGCCAUGUACUCAGCAGAGCUGGAAAAGCACAAAAGAGAGAAGGCAGAGUGGAGAAAGAAAGCAGAGUAUCUUGAAGACAAGACCGCAGCUCUGCAGAUAAACCUGGAUGAAGCAAACGCAGCUCUAGAAUCAGCCUCUCGUCUCACAGACCAGCUGGACUUCAAAGAGGAACAAAUAGAAGAUCUUAAGAAACAAGUGGAUAUGAGGCAGGAGAUGUUGGAAGAGGCUCAGAGGAAACUGAUGAACCUUCUGAACACCACUGAAGGCAAAGUGGAUAAAGUUCUGAUGAAGAAUCUUUACCUGGGUUAUUUUCAUUCCCCUCGAAACAAGCGCUCUGAAGUGCUGAGGCUUAUGGGUAAUGUGCUUGGAUUGGACAGAGAUGGGGUUGACCAGUUGUUGCAAGAAGAGGGAAAGAGUGGGAUGACCGGUUGGGUCUCAAGUUGGCUUGGUGGCAGAGCUGUUCAAAGUGUCCCCAACACCCCACAAAGACCUACACAUGCACAGAGCCUCAAUUCGUCAUUCUCUGAGAUGUUUGUGAAGUUUCUGGAGGUAGAGUCUAGUCCCGUACUUCCUGCCCCUAAACUCCCUGUUUAUGACAUCAAGCCACUGAGUGCGCCCCCACCUGGCCGGAGUACUGCUAGCACACCUGCAUCAGGUGUUUCAGGCUCUGGGAAGCGUGCUGGGGAUUCAAACCCCUUCCUGGCGCCCCGUUCUGCAGCCGUACCCUUCCUCAAUCCUGCUGGUUCAGGCAGUGCACAAGGUGCUGGGGGCCACCUGCUCAUGAAGCCCAUCUCAGACUCCCUGCCCUCCUUCACACCUGUGCCAGUAUCUGCUGAGGCCAGUGGUGGUGCCGUGCUGAAAGAUCUGCUCAAGCAGUGAUUGUCCAUCUGUAUUGCCACUCAAAGCACUUUAGCUUAUCAGAACAGUCAAGACACUAUAAAAGACCUCAAGGAUGGCACAGAAAACCAAGCCAUGUACAAGAGUCAUGGGUUUAAUGAUUUACUCAAAAAGAUGUUUGCCAUCUAGCACUAAACUGAGGCCUAAAAAUGGACAGAAUCGAAAUCAGUUUGCAUACUGGGAAGGAAUAUUCCUGUGACCUCCUCAACGUUUGCUAAUGUACUACAAACUUUCAGCUUGUGAUUUUUAGACAGAGAGGUGUUAAAUGUUUUUCUAGUGUGUUGAGAGAUUGUCUCAUGCUGACUGGCUUCCACUACACCAACAGAUUUAUUAAACCUUUUCCGCUUCUGCAAAAAACCUUACAGCUUCUUUUUCAAAAUCCUCCCAUUUUUGAAGGCUAUGAAUGGUUGGCUGUAUGGUGUGGCCGGUAUAGUACAAUAGCAGUUAAUCAAGGAGUGACAUUUUAUCUCUGAUUUAGACUGCUGCACUUACUCCCAUACAGAUUGAGUGUGCAGUUGUUGUAUUUAUUUGUACAUCAGUCAUAUUUUCCACUGUUUGGGCCCUGGGGAAGAGCCAAAAAUUAUUUGCAAUAUUCAAACCUCUCUACAGUAAAAAGAGAAAAUAUGGGUAUAUACAAUUUGGGGAAAAAAGGUUGCACAAAUAAUAGAAGUGUGAGAUGAUGAAAGUAUAAUUCAAUGUAAAAAUUACCUGUAUAUUAAAACAUUUCUUGUCAUUAAUCAAUUUAUUAUUUCGGAGGACCUCAAACUAAACUUUAGCGUUCCAACUAAAUAUUUAAGAUGAAUUCAACUGAGGCCCAGUAUGAAGAUUUUUCUUUGGAGUGAAUGGCUUUAGUAAUUCUCCUUUUUGUUGUUAUAUCUUUCAUAACAGUUGGGUGCAUUUGAUUAUACACAUUUAGGGUAUAUUUAUACAUUUAGGUAUAUAUUUUGGACGGGGGUUUAUUUAAAGUUGAUUCAUCUUUUUGAGGUUUGAAAGACAGCUCUUGAAAGUGACAUUCAACUAACAGUGUUUUUCUUUUCUGCAAAAUAAACUCUUCUUUUGUCAUAUUUAUGUCUUAUUACUUCUGUCCAAUCAGCAGCCUGAGUUGUCUUAACCCUUCUACAGUCUUUGUUACAGGUCGACAUACUUGGUAUUCCUGG